CGACUCGGGGUACCGGGAGUAUUGUUUCGUCCAAGAACACCUUUUUGGACUCUUGGAAGGCACUAACAAAUCCCUGUGAUAAUAUAGGACCCUUACAGAUCGAUUUUGCAUUCACAUCCGAAUUGAUCAAAUACGAGUCUUUACGUUUGCCAACUUUUGGCUGUGAAAUGCCACAAUGACUGACAGCUUUGGACGCCUUUGUUGGCAGUGUCAAUAUCGCACCUCCAAACUAACUGGCGAGCAGUAGAGCCUUGCAGAGGGUUGAUUUUUGUUCUGUCCCUCGUCCUGAUGUUGCCUUUUCUACAUCAGUCUGACAUCGAGCUUGAUGUGCCAGCGUGUCAUGCUUUUAUCGGGUACAAGAGACACUCGGUCCCUGUCUCGUCCCCAAACAUCUCGAGGUCGUGCGGUUUACAUGCCUAACUGAUGCCACUAUAUACAGGCCCAACUCGGGUCAAGGGUCCACCGGGAGACUACAGCAUCUACAACUUGAAAACAAACGCCAAUGUAACCAUGACCAAGCCAACAACAGUAUCGUACAUACGCCUUUGCUCACAGAUGUUCAAGGGCUCUCCUCAAAAGGGCAUGUACAUUUCUUAUCUACGGAGUAAAGCAUCCAGGGCGCAUUGCCAAGGCUAGAUGACUGGCGCUGUGUGUGCUGCUUCCCUGCAGAAGAAAGGUUGAAGGCCAAUACCACGAGCUACAUGGAAUGCACCACUUGGAGAGGUGGCAGCAGCCCUGCAUCUGUGUAUAAUUUAUAUGGGGGCUAGAUCGGAAUGCUUAUCUUGAUGUCCCACAUUCCUGGGGUAACAUGGACAGGUAUGUAAGUGAGCCCUUGGACACCUCUCCGCCUUGAAGACCCCGACAUGAAAGGACUUUGGCAGGGUGUGUGAAAUCCUGUGAUCUCUGUUAAUGAACACACCAGACGAACGAACAAACACCUGAAUGACUAAAAAGUUCAUUGUCAUAUCCGUCACUCCUCGCCAGCCAAGGAACAAUAUGUUGAAAAAAAAGGCCCCCGAAUCCGGCUCCCAGACCGGAUCCGAUUGCUGUUCUUUGUUCGCGGUGACAUGCUCAUCAUAUCUUUGUCUUCACCACACCCUCAUGGAACCAGCAAUAUCACGCACGCAAAGAUACUUGACCCCUGGGAUAGGCCCGUCGAGGUUAACCUUGACGACGUCCAAAACCACCAUGACCAACAUCAAGCUCCCGGCAUGCUCGUGACUUGAGUACCUGUUGAGCAGAAAAAUGCAUGCACUCGCCAGCGUGCGGAAACGAAAAGGCCUAGGGCCUAUCGAUCUUGGGUUCAUCCUCCUUCUCCUUGCCUCACCGGCUCGGGGCGACGAAGCCCAUUCGGACGUGACGGUCACUACCAGCAUGAUUCUGACCCAGACCAUCACCACGCACCUCGGAGCGAGGCCUACCCAGCCGGCAAACCAUGCCGGGUAUGGCCUUCAGGGCUGUUACAGGAGACCAGACAACGACGGAGAUGUAGGGCUCGAAGUCAAGAUGCCGCUGAGCAACGCCGAAGCCAAUGGGUUGACUACGAGUAAAUGCCUGGAGGCGUGUGUCAGGGCCAGCUUGGGCAAAGGAGUAGAAUCUUACAGCUUUGUAGCCGUCGGCGAGGGACGGGAAUGUUACUGUGCAACGAAGCUAUCCCCCGAAGCCAGAUCGGUCGGAUCCAGCAACUGCUCAACCCCCUGCGCUGGGGACAAGAACCUUGCAUGCGGCGGCCUGGACCACAUCUCGGUGUAUUCCCUCGUGGACGCUGCUGCGGCAGAGCGCUAUGCAAUCCAGGGUAUGGGAACCGGCGACCCCGGAAGCCCUGCGUUUCUUGAUAGCGGCAAGAACCGAGGCAAGACUGCAGCCGUCGCGAUGGGCUCUCUCGCUGGCUGUGCCACCUUUGGGCUGCUGGUAUUUCUCGGCUGCAAGCUCUACAGACGUCGCAGCGACCUCACAUCUGGUUGGAGCCGCUCACGGAUGGCCAAGGAGACGGCAGAGAAAGACAAGCACAAGAAGGACGACGGCGUCCUGGUCAUCAAGGCCCCUGAGUCCGAUGAGACAUGGCCCGGACCGCAGAGGCCAAGACCUCCACCUCCCCCUCCUCUUUCGCCCUUGGCUGGGCUCGGCAACCAUGUUGAGAGACGGGAGGAGAUCAUGCGCGUGCAGUUCGUCCACAGCCCACACCCGAGGAGCGAGCAGGGUGCGACGGGAGGGAGCACCGCCUACCAGCAGCCUUCCGCAAUGGUGCCGGCCUCUCCGCUCUCGCCUGCCGACGAUGGGCUGCGCCAGAGACGGCGGUCGAGCAGCAAGCCCGUCGACUGGGCUCGAUUCGACGCCGUCAUCCCCAACGGUCAGUUCUCGCCCACCACGUCGCCGACCAAGGACCGCUUCUUCCACGAAAGGCCGCGCCGUGCAUCGAUGACGGUCUACUGCAACAAUCACGGUGCCGGUUCUGCGGCGUACCCGUGCUCUUCUUCCGACUCUGUCGCCGCAACCCCAGUCAUGCACCCAUCGAGCAGCCGGAGCAACGUGCGUGGCAAUGGCGACUAUUCUACAGACAACGCCCCUGUCCAGGCCUACCGUCCAGACAACAUCCGCGUGAGUGCUUGGUCGGCAUCGACGGCAGAGCCGAGCCCCCAAUCCACAACGACCGUCGGCAGCAGCAUCCUCGACGUAUCGCCCUCGUCACCAUCGACAUGCAGGUUGAACCCGAGCCAGAUGGCCGCGCCCGCACCCGCCGCGACGGGCGGGUUGGGCGACCGGGCCUGGAGCCGACGACGCCUGAGCACGCCGUUCCCGCCCCCGGGCGGCGGCAGUCCCGCGUCGAGCCACAGCAGCGGCUCGCGGAGGUCCAGCCUCGCCGACAUUGUGGGGGACUACCACGGCGUCCGGGUUGGGCGUGUCGAGCAGCUACGGGAGAAGGAGGAGGAGAAGGAGGAGGAGCAGCAGCAGCAACAGCAGAGGGAUGACCUGAUGCCAUCGCCGUUGCACGUCGUCAAGUGGAAGCAGAGCUUUGCCGACAUGCGGCGGGCUGGGAGCGGUGCUCGCAGGGGCGACGACGGUGUGGACGACUCGCCCGUCCUGUCCGUCUGGGACAUUGCGCGCACGACGCCCAAGGUAGAGGAGCUCUCGCCGAGGGAGUCGUCCAAGGGCAAGUUUGAGGACGAGAUGCCGGCGUCGCCGAUGUCGGCCAAGGGAACCAAGGGGCUCGAUAAGGGAAGGGAUGGGCAAUACAAGUCUCAGGGGUCUGCGGAAAAUGGGCAGGAUGGAGGCAAGGCGGCGCCGGUGGCUGAUGAGCUGCUCAUUUUGCCAGCGACCACAUUUGACGGCGGGAGGGCUUUGGCUGCUGCUAGGAACAAGAAGAUGAUUUAGGUUUUCAUGUUUUUCUUUUCUUCUUUUUACUUGCCUUUUCCUCCUUAUCUAGGUAGGUUUGUGAGGCAGUGGCUGCUCACGCAGGAGUUGCAAGGCUUAACAAACGCGUUAUGGGGUUUGUUUUCUCGUAUUUUUCUUGACUUUCAUGGACUAGGCAGCCAUAGCCAAAGCCCACACUCUAAUUUCAAUUGUUCUUUUUUCGUCUCAUA